AUGUAAAACGAAAGGUUGUAACGUCUCCUUAGAUCUAAAGGUAGUUCCUACAUCCCUUAAAAUCCAUAGGCUGUCUCCCCCUUCACCAGACAAACCCAAAAUUCAACUAUUCAAUCCAACAAAUAUCUAACUAACUAUGCCGUCUAAAAGUUAUAAAAUUAAUCAACUCAUAUUACUAUGUAUUUAAUUUUUACAUUCUAGAACACCCUCUACAGAUAGAAGGAUUAUACCCACUCCUUCAAGACCGCCUAUAAAUAUCUUACCUCAUUAAUCUUCAUCAAUCUCCCCUAUUCGUGUUGUUUAAUUGUCAACUGAAAGAGUCUAAUAACCAUAAGAAAUUCAUGAAGUACAUCAUUUUGAAAGGCCUAUUUAAGUUGUUGCUGCAGAAGAAAUGGAAUACAAAUAUAAAUUUAAAAUUCAACAAUUAGAAUCAAUGAUCUAUUAAUUACAAGUCGAAAAUCAAAGAAUUAAAAUUAAUGGGGGUUAUAUUGAAUAAUCUAUACCUAUUGAUAAUACUUUUAAAAUUAAUGAAUUAGAGAGAAUCAAUCAGAAUUUAAGAACAUAAGAAGAAAAAUAAAGAAUUGAAUUAAAAUAACUAAAAGAAGAAUUAUAAAAUUGGAAAGAUAGAUAUAGUUAAUUACAAAAAUAAUCAUCAAAUCAAAAUGGAUUCAAUGAAGAAUUGCGUUAAUUGAAAAAAUAAAUAUUGUAAUUAGAGGAAGAUAAUAAUGAUUUAUAAUUACAUUUAAGAGACAAAGAUUAAGAAAUCUUAAAAUUAAGAACUAUCUUAAAUGAAAAAGAUGAUAUCAUAGAUUAACUAAAUGAUUAAAUAUAAGAACUCUAAAUAAUACAAGAAAAUUAUAGUCGUGUUGAAACAACAUUAAUAUCUUUAUAAGGUGAGGUUGAUGUUUGGAGAAAGAAAUUCAAAGAAAAAAAUGAAGAGGCUUCAGAAUUAAGUGAAAAACUUAUAAUGGCUGAAACAUCUUUAGAAGCAAUGAAAAAGAGAUAAAUUGUACAAGUCAAAGAAGUUAAUGUUACUAAAACUAAUAAUAAUAAAAUUGGCACUUCUUUAGCAUAAUCUAAUGAAGCACCAGGAAGAUUUUCGACAAAUCGUGGAUCUCAUUAUUCAAACAAAUAAUAAAAUUGA